CUUUCAACCUCUCACCCUCAAACAGUGGUUAAGCUGUCACAAACCACUGAAGAUCUCUCUGUCAUACACUAUGGAUUCCCAUCAUGGCACCACAGGAACCAAGUCCUAUUUCCCUGCCCGUUCCGUGCUGUUUCGGAGGGAAGUGAGUGGAGUGACGUAUCGCAUACCAGCUCUGAUCUUCUUGCAGCGCUCCUCCUGCUUCCUGGCCUUCUGUGAGGAGAGACUCAGUCCUGCUGAUUCCCAUGCUCACCUGCUCGUCAUGCGCAAGGGUGCCUUCUACAGGAACUAUGUAGAGUGGGACGACAUGCGAGUCCUGAGCACCGCCUGUCUUAAAGGCCACCGCUCAAUGAACCCGUGUCCCGUGUACGACACCUUCACCGGGACGCUCUUCCUCUUCUUCAUCGCAGUGCUCGGUCACACCACAGAGUCGUAUCAGUUGGUGACAGGCAACAAUGUCACUAGGCUCUGCUACGUGUACAGUGAGGACUAUGGGAAGACCUGGAGUCCUGCCACUGACCUCACUAAGAAGGUCAUCGGUGACACGAUUAAAGCGUGGGCUACCUUUGCUCUUGGGCCAGGCCAUGGGAUCCAGUUAAAAUCUGGCCGUCUGCUGAUCCCAGCCUACACCUACCACAUUGACUGCAGGCAGUGCUUCGGAAAGAUCUGUAAAACCACUCCCCACUCCUUCUGCUUCUACAGCGAUACACAUGGCAGGACGUGGCAUUUCAGCGAAACAGUGCCAGAGCCUGCAUGCGUGGAGUGUCAGCUUGUCUCACUGGACGAAGAGGAUGGGACCAACGUGCUCUACUGUAAUGCCCGCAGUACCCUCGGCUCCCGCGUUCAGGCCCUCAGUUUUGAUGAUGGUGACGUUUUCCAAAGAGGACAACUGGUGCACAAGCUUGUGGAGCCUAGAAAUGGCUGUCAUGGAAGUGUGAUUGGAUUUCCAGCACCUUUCAACCUCCAGAACCUCCAGAAGUCCAACUUGGGUGACGUCCAGUGGGUGAAGUCCACUAAUCGCUCACCUUCCACUACAGAAAGCAUGUUCCAGAAUUUUUUAACACCAACAUGGGUAGUGUAUGGACACCCAACCUGGCCCAACGCUCGGCAGGAUCUUGGCUUGUACCUCAACGUGCGGCCCCGUGACCCGGAUAGCUGGACAGGGCCGUGGGUCAUCUACGAGGGUCCGAGUGCAUACUCGGACCUGGCCUAUGUGGAGCUGGCAUCUACAGGGGAACCACCAGUUCAAAUUUUUGCCUGUUUAUUUGAAAAUGGCACGAGGACAGAAUAUGAUGAGAUUUCAUUUAGCAUAUUUACAUUGUUUGAGCUUAUUAACAACCUCCCCCAGGUCCCACCGGAUCUGAGUAGUGCAAAAUCAGCAGAAAAAAAGAGGAAGAACAGAAUGUGUCAGUUUUGUAGAGUGUGUUAGCCGCAGAAUUUAUGUCAUCUGGUCAGAUAUACCAUUGGUACCCUAGUACACAAUAAAUCUGAUCAUUUAGAUAUGUUAGAGGUUAGUCCGAGACAACAUUAUUCAGAGCUCGAGAAAGUUCUAGCGAAAAUAAAAAUAAGUGCUUAUUUCGUGACUAUUUUUUACUUCUAUAUAUUUUAAAGCACGCCUGUCAAACUCAGGGCCCGAGAGCCAAACAUCUCUCGCUGCCUUUUUUUGAUUCAGCACACACAAACAUGCUUAAAAUCCAAUGUGACAUAUCGAAGUUGCUCAACAUUUUCACACGAUCUAGAAUUCACUGCAGAUCUUCCAUAGCAAAUACCCACGUACAACAGGUACGAGCUCACAUCUCACAGUGUUGAAACACCAGAUAAAACCAACUCCUAUGUAUCUCCUACAUCUGAUGCGUAUCAGACCCAGAAGAUUCGGAAAUGUGUCGGGAAUUUCCUUUGGCGUGAUCCGUUGACCGAAUCGAAAUCAAAAAUGUAUCUCCAGUGUAGAAACCUACACACAUUCUAUGUUGAAAAAAAAGUUGAUUGAACGUGAAGACUAGAGAGAUGGGGAAUGUUCUUAGCAGAGAUAAUCUGGUGAAGGUUCUUCUGAAAUGACUUUAUUAACAGUUGUAUUUUUGAUAUUUGGAGCCAAACAUUUACAGUAAACAUCAGUUAAACAUUAAAAAAAAAAAACCCAAACAUUUAAUGAGUUAUCUCCUAGGCAGAGUACAGUGAAUGUGAUCUCUUAUCCGUUCUUUUUCCUAGUAACAUUAUUAGUGAUUGAUAGAAUAGAUAUGUGUAAAACAAUGAAUAGUUUUACAUUAUGGCCCUUCAAACAAAAUGCUGGUACAGGCAGAAAUGUUUUAAAAGAAUACACCAGCAUUUUUCAGCAUAACCUUUGUCCUUGUAUCUGUACUAUAUGAGUGAUUAGCACAAACUAGUUUUCUUGUACUAAGAAAAGAACCGAAAACCUACUGAACCUAUAAAUGUAAAAUAAAUCCGGUUACUUCUGAUUUCCGAAAGGUUUUCUGACACAGCUAUGCUGGUAAUACACAACCACAAAUUCUUCUUUCUGAAAAUCUUUCAAAAGUGUGAAUUACAUACAUUAGCGCUGCAUUUACAAAUACUUUGCCUGGCAAACCCAUAAAUAUGCGUUUAUUAAAUGGAGUUGAACAACUGGCCUUAGAUUUCCAAAUGAGUUUCAAUUGGCAUGUGUUGUCGUUACAGGGAAAUUACACCGUUUUCCGUGGUAUAUGAAUAUACCCUUGAUGCACUGAAAAAUGCAGGAGUAUUCCUUUAAUGUAAAGUUGACUUACAUCUUGACAGCUGCUCAAAAUAUGGCUCACGUUGUCUAGUUAUUCAUUCAUGUAAAUCAGUUCUGUAAUAAAUGCCCAGUACGUAAUUGUUACUAUGGUGAAUAUUUUAUGCCUUUACCACUAGUGUCCAAGAUUUUCGAUAGACCAAGUAUGAGUAGUCAUAAGAAUGUCUGUAGGAUUCAUAUUGAAUUAAUAUUGUAAGCAGCAGAUGAACUGAGAUUUUGGAACUGGUGGUCUACAUCUAUGGACUAGAUACACUGAAAAUUUUUUUUCUUCAAGAGCUUUCUUCCUGUUUGUCCUACAGGGAUGCUACUUACACAUUCCCGUUCAGAAACUCAAGGCCUGGCUAUCUAAGAUUUUUUUUUGCCGUCCAUCCUUCCAUCUGUUUGUCUGUUCAUCUCUCUGUUUGUCUUUCAGUUGUCUAUUUGCCUGAAACACAUUAACACAAUGUCUCAAAAACCUGUGGUUGAUUGUUUACAUGGAACAUUUACAUUGGAAUUGAUCCAAAUAAAAAA